ACCGGCGCGAGGUAGGCGCUCUGGUGCUUGCCGAGGACGCUUCCUUCCUCAGAUGCACCGAUCUUCCCGAUACUGCCUUUGGAGCGGCUAGAUUGCUAGCCUUGGCUGCUCCAUUGGCCUGCCUUGCCCCUUACCUGCCGAUUGCAUAUGAACUCUUCUUCUCUCUGUCUGUACAUCCUUGUCGUCGGAGUCGUCGAGAUCGUCGUGGCGCUCGUGUGAUGGCCUUCGUCCGUUUAGAGUAGUGUAGUUAGUUAGGGGCCAACGAAGAAGAAAGAAGACGCGAUUAGUGCAGAGAUGCUGGAGGUGGUCAGUUACUAAGCUAGAGUAAGAUAGCGGAGCGAAAAGAGCCAAACCUAGCCGGGGGGCGCACGGUCGCCCAAAGGAGGUCGACUCGCCGGCGCUUCCUGUCGCGCCGAGCUCCCUCCGUUCCUCUCCCUCCGCCGAGGCGCGAGGUUGCGGCGCGCAGCGCAGCGCAGCGCACCGACUGCCGCGGGCUCCGCUGGGCGAUUGCAGCCGAGUCCGUUUCUCGUCUAGCUGCCGCCGCGGCGACCGCUGCCUGGUCUUCCUCCCGGACGCUAGUGGGUUAUCAGCUAAUACCCGCGAGCAUCUAUAACAUAGGCCAACUGACGCCAUCCUUCAAAAACAACUGUCUGGGAAAGAAAGAAUAAAAAGUAAUGUGAGAACAGAAAACGUGAUUGAAACACGACCAAUCUUUCUUCAGUGCCAAAGGGUGGAAAAGAAAGGAUGAUAUGAUGAACCUAACCUGUUAAUUUCCUCUUCUCAAUUUUAAACUUUGGUUGCUUAAGCCUGAAGCAAUCAUGGUGAACCUGAGGAAUGCGGUGCAUUCGUUCCUUGUGCACCUAAUUGGCCUAUUGGUUUGGCAAUGCGAUAUUUCUGUGAGCCCAGUAGCAGCUAUAGUAACUGACAUUUUCAAUACCUCCGAUGGUGGACGCUUCAAAUUCCCAGACGGGGUACAAAACUGGCCAGCACUUUCAAUCGUCGUAAUAAUAAUCAUGACAAUAGGUGGCAACAUCCUUGUGAUCAUGGCAGUAAGCAUGGAAAAGAAACUGCACAAUGCCACCAAUUACUUCUUAAUGUCCCUAGCCAUUGCUGAUAUGCUAGUGGGACUACUUGUCAUGCCCCUGUCUCUCCUGGCAAUCCUUUAUGAUUAUGUCUGGCCACUACCUAGAUAUUUGUGCCCCGUCUGGAUUUCUUUAGAUGUUUUAUUUUCAACAGCGUCCAUCAUGCACCUCUGCGCUAUAUCGCUGGAUCGGUAUGUAGCAAUACGUAAUCCUAUUGAGCAUAGCCGUUUCAAUUCGCGGACUAAGGCCAUCAUGAAGAUUGCUAUUGUUUGGGCAAUUUCUAUAGGUGUAUCAGUUCCUAUCCCUGUGAUUGGACUGAGGGACGAAGACAAGGUGUUCGUGAACAACACGACGUGCGUGCUCAACGACCCAAAUUUCGUUCUUAUUGGGUCCUUCGUAGCUUUCUUCAUACCGCUGACGAUUAUGGUGAUUACGUAUUGCCUGACGAUCUACGUUCUGCGCCGACAAGCUUUGAUGUUACUGCACGGCCACACCGAGGAACCGCCUGGACUAAGUCUGGAUUUCCUGAAGUGCUGCAAGAGGAAUACGGCCGAGGAAGAGAACUCCGCAAACCCUAACCAAGACCAGAACGCACGCCGAAGAAAGAAGAAGGAGAGACGUCCUAGGGGCACCAUGCAGGCUAUCAACAAUGAAAAGAAAGCUUCGAAAGUCCUUGGGAUUGUUUUCUUUGUGUUUCUGAUCAUGUGGUGCCCAUUUUUCAUUACCAAUAUUCUGUCUGUUCUUUGUGAGAAGUCCUGUAACCAAAAGCUCAUGGAAAAGCUUCUGAAUGUGUUUGUUUGGAUUGGCUAUGUUUGUUCAGGAAUCAAUCCUCUGGUGUAUACACUCUUCAACAAAAUUUACCGAAGGGCAUUCUCCAACUAUUUGCGCUGCAAUUAUAAGGUAGAGAAAAAGCCUCCUGUCAGGCAGAUUCCAAGAGUUGCCGCCACUGCUUUGUCUGGGAGGGAGCUUAAUGUUAACAUUUAUCGGCAUACCAAUGAACCGGUGAUCAAGCAAGCCAGUGACAAUGAGCCCGGUAUAGAGAUGCAAGUUGAGAAUUUAGAGUUAUCGGUAAAUCCCUCCAGUGUGGUUAGCGAAAGGAUUAGUAGUGUGUGAGAAAGAAUAGCACAGUCUUUUCCUACAGUACAAGCUACGUAUGUAGGAAAAUUUUCUUCUUUAAUUUUUCUGUUGGUCUUAACUAAUGUAAAUAUUGCUGUCUGAAAAAAAGUUUUUACAUAUAGCUUUGCAACCUUGUACUUUACAAUCAUGCCUACAUUAGUGAGAUUUAGGGUUCUAUAUUUACUGUUUAUAAUAGAUGGAGACUAACUUAUUUUGAUUGUUUGAUGAAUAAAAUGUUUAUUUUUGCCCUCCCUCCUUCUUUCCUUCCUUUUUUCCUUUCUUCCUUCCUUUCUCUCUUUCUUUUGUGAAUACGGCAAUGUUCAUGUUCAUCUCAGGUGGCAUUUGCAGGUGACCAGAAUGAGGCACAUGACAGUGGUUAUAUUUCAACCACAUCUAAAUUAACAAAUUCAGUGGACAUUUGUUCUGGGUUAACAGUAAAUAUACACUUUAAAUUCUUGCUCUGCUCAUCUACACAUAUAAACACAGUAAGAUAGGUUCUGCUUUCUGAUACAUCUGUCAGUGAGUCAGAGGCAGAACCUAGUCUUGUUGUUUUUAUAGGGGCAAAAUUUGACAUUGUCAGAAUGUUGUGUUGGUACUUACUGCAAUGUCUGUCCCUAAACAUAGUGGUAUUUUAACACAGCAGCUGGUUAACCAGGACUACAGAAGUGGAAGGAUAAUGAGAUGUAAUACACCAAAUAGCUUUUCACUUCUUAAGGACAAUGUUCAAAUUCUGAUUAUUACAACAAGCAAACUGAAAUUAGUGUUUUCAUUCUGGUCCUUAGUAAAUUCCUAAUUCUAUGAUUAAACUGGGAAAUGAGAUCCCGGAGUUAUUUCCCAAUCCAGGAUUCAACAUCAAUUGGGUUUUGAUCUCAGCGUCCUGGAAAUUUGUGUGCUUCACACAAAGUGAAAUUAGUAUUUUGAGCCUUAUUAAAAUAUUUUCUUAAUUAUGGUACCUCUAUCUAUAGGACUUAAUUUAGCAGUCCAUUUUUGAGUAAAACUUGUAUUGGAAGUAUAGAUGGUAGAAACUUUGGAAGUUUUACUUGAUUAAGGACUACAGAAUUGGGCCCUUAGAAUGUGAAAAAAAAAAAAAAAAGUAAUUAAAAAGAUGCUUUUACCGAACUCGGGAUUACAGAAACACAGAGUUUCCAUUUGGAUUUUAAACAAAAUUUAUCUCAUUUUCAGAUCCUUCCAAACUCUCUAGUGCAGGAAAAGGCUGCAGCUAAUUUGUGAAAGUGGCAAGCUCUUCAUUGCACUGCAAUUAUGUACCAGAAGUUUAAAUCUUUGUUAAAAUAUAGUGUUGUGUUACAAUAAGUGUUGGCCAUCAUUUCAUUCGUGGGCCUGCUGCUCUCUAAGAAUUCAGUAGCAUUUUAAUAGUUUCUAAACCAUGAAAGGUUUUCAAGCAUUGCUAAAGUCAGACCAUUCAGUCUAUGCUGUGUACAGAGUAUACAAGUGUUUCUAGUAACAGUAUUUCCAUAUGUGUCCAUUUCACACAACUGUGGAUAAAUUUUGGAAGAAUUCAUGAUGCUAGUUCUUACGCCUUGACAGUUACUUACUUACACACCUGAGAAUGUGCCUCUCAGUAUCUUAAAAUUGGUUAAUGAAAAAUCUGAAUUUCUAAAACCCCUGGUCUGUGUUCUCAACACACAGCAUAGAUAAAUCCAAUAGUCUGCCACAAGGGCAGUGGAAGAGCUGCUGUAUUUGAGGAAACUCAUACAGUCUCUAUUUGAUUUGCAACACUGCCAAACAUCAGUCAAUUGCUUGAGCAUGCCCAAAUAUAACAUGAAAGUCAAGUCUACCUGCCUUGCCUGUUAGGUCUGUUGAAGUGCAUGUUAAAAUAAUUAUAUGAAGCAGAAUGAGAUGAUUUAAUUCUUAUCGAAAUGAAAAUGGCUGAAGAAACACAGCAUGCAUUUAGCAUGAGUUCUGCACAUACAGAGGGUGUCCUGCAUGUAUGCCGUGUAUGUUGCAUGAAUCCAUCGAUUUGUAUUAAUGUAGGGCAGAAUAGCUGAUAGAAAAAGGACUGAAGAAAAUCCUUCAGCAAUCCUUAAAAAGACCAUGCAUUCGGAUCUGAAGUAGUGUGAGUGUUUGUUAGAAAAAAUUGGAAACAUCUGAUUUCUGAACUAUCAGGGCAAGCUCAUAGCACAUGUUUUACAAAGAAAUAAAAUAUAAAUCACAGAUUUCCAAAAGCACUAGCAAUAAGUUGAAUGAUAAUAGCUUACAGCACAUUUGUUAAUGAUUCUUGUAUCAUCAAAUAGUAGUACUUAAUAGUACCCAACAUGGUAAUUAUCCUCCAACUGUGUGCUAUUCGUAAGUUCUGUGCAGUUUGGUAUGAAACAAAUAUACUCAUUUGGAUAUAAAUCUUACCCUUCAAUGUUAAAUCUACAAACUUUUAUAAAUGUUUUAAAGAAGUCCAUGUGAUAAUUGUAAAGGUGAUGAAUUUACCAUCGGACAAAUCAUUUUGAUGUAUUAUUAUAUAUGUAUAUCUGUGUAAGACACGUGCAACAGACUGCCUUAUAUUAUUUUCUGUAAUUCUUCUCCUUUGUCAAAUGGUAUUUUUUGUGAAUGGUUGCAAAGUGUUGUCUUAUUCCUAAUUCCUGUAUGUUAUCCACUACAGGUUUUGUGAGACUUCCUAUUAAUUUAUUAAAUUUAUUAAAUGUUG